AUGCCUGCGCCCAGUCUGCCUAUCGUGGGCUCAAGUUUCAGUGCCCAAGCCAACUUACCUAUCAAGCGAGUCCUCGAGGAUAUACGCGCUGAAAACCCAGAGCGUGAGGUGAUUCUCAUGCCUGAGACAUGCUUCAUGGGUGCCAACCCGAUUUCCCUCGGGGCACCUCUUCCCAAGGGCUAUACUACCCGUCCCAAGGUGAUCAAUUUGAACCCCAUCCCAUACAUGGCUAACAGCAUCGACACUGCUCCUUUCGGCCCUGGUCUUCUUCCUGAUUCGACCGAAUCUGGCCGUGCAAGGAAUCAGUUCAUGAAUCAGAUGAUGGUUGGUGGUCCUUUUGCCGAGGUCAUUGCCCACCAGGAAGAGGUUCUGAAGGGGCUUGGGGCUACCGAGAUUCUUGAGCCUCAGGUCCCCUUCCAUCACUGGGUGCUCAUGCACGACUUGACUCUCCAGUUGUGCCCUCCCAGUCUCGAGUAUGAUCGGUCUGAUAUGCCCUCCAACAUUAAGUUUGCUGGAUGCUUGACACCAAAGCCCACCCCUGGCGAUUUUGUCUAUCCUGCUUGGUGGGACGAUGGCACGAUUGCGCAAGACGCUUCCAACCUCAUCAUCCCUACCGUCGAAGCUCUAUUCGAUCGAGACGAUCUCCUCGUCGUGGCUAUUAUUGGCCGAAAGGGCGCUGCUCUUCCCAAGGAUAUGGUCAUCCCCUCUAACACCCGUGUUGUCGACUAUCUUCCUUAUGAUGUUCUCCUGCCUCAUACCUCUGUGUUCGUCAUGAACGCUGGUUACGGUGGUUUCCUCCACGGUAUAACAAACGGAGUUCCGCUGGUUCUUGCAGGUGAGAGCGAGGAUAAACCUGAGAUUGCCAUGCGUGGAGAAUGGAGCGGCGUCGCAGUCAACUUACGAACAGGACAGCCUAUUCCCGAGCUUGUAAGAGAAGGUGUUGAUCGGGUUCUCUCAGACGACAGUUUUAAGAAGAGAGUUGAUGAGAUCAAGGCAGAGAAUGAGGCGAUGAAGAUACACGACUUCAUCGAGGAGCAGAUUCUCUCUAUCGGAGAGUUGGAUGCGUAA